AUGUAUCCAAGCAGUCUGUUGUUGUUGUUAGCGAGCAGCGUGCUCGCGGCGCAGCCGGCCCUCGCUGAGGCCGGUUCGCAAAAGCCCCUCGGGGCUUUGCCAGAUGCCAAAACGCCACGGCCGGCCGGGGCGGCAACCAUUCCGUCGCGGCACGCGGCGAGGCUGAAUUACUCGUCGCCGGCGCCGCACCUGUUCGCGUCGACGUACGGGCUCCUGCAGCAGUGGAGCAACACCGUGUUUCCGAACGGGCAUACGAUGGCGGCGGUGGAGAUACCGGCCUUCACGCUGUUUUACCACGGGCGGAUGGACGAGGAGGGGCCGCCGAGCCCCGAGUGGCUUGCCUUUGAUAUAGAAAUGGCCUACGGAAUCAUGGGAAGCACACGCCAGAGCUUCAUGCUCACCUACCAGACCACGCGGCCCGUCAAGGCGCUCUACUUUGACGGCGAGUCCGCGACGCUGAUGGGGCUCGGCCAGCUGGACACGCAAAUGCUGCACCUCUACGGCAACGUCUCCGGGCCGCGGCGCGGAGACGGCCGCUGGCGCGGGCUGGAACCCGAGUACGAGAGGGCCAUGGGGCUCUGCGACUGGCUGCUGGAGAGGCGGUUGAGGGGCGACGGGUGGGGGAUCGAGGGCGUGGUGAGGAUGAACGCGGGCUUCGAGAUGAUAUGGUGCAACUUCGGACCCGGGAGCCUGAGGCUUGUCUCAAAGACGAACGUGACGGCGCCACAGACGAGGAAGAUAAAGGGGAAGAGCGGAGGGGGGGUUAGUGAUGGGGACGAAGAGGUUGGCGAGAGGAGCGAGCAGGACGGGGAGAAGGCCCCGACGUCGGCGUACCCCCUGCCGCCGCAACCGACCUUGACGGACCGCCCCGUGAGCCCGUCCCGCCCUCCGAUGCCGCCCAACUGGCGCGGGAUCAUGGGCCCCGUCGAACGGGAGCCGUUCCUGCAGAGCCAGGGGUGGGGGUGGUUCUCGGCGGCGACGUGGCAUUACGGAUCGAACGGCGACGGCGCGGGGCGAGGGGAGACGAGGGCCCGGGUCCUGGGCUGCGGAAUCGCGAGCUGGUACUCGAAGGACGCCUGGGGUUCCAUCGUCGGCGAAGAGAGGGAGAGGCUGAACCUCACAGGGGAGGGGUACUGGGUCGGAGGCCAGGGUGGCGGCGGCGGCGGCGGCGGCGGCGGCGGCGACGACCCUAAUUACUUCGGUUUAUAUCACUAUAAGGAAUAUCUCACACGGGUUCCUCGUGGUCCAGUUCACCUGAAGCGUAUCCAUCACCUGAAGGGCGCGACGGCGGCGCAGGCGGCGGGCAUGAGGUUGGAGACGGAGGUGAUGCUGCGGGAGGCCGUCGCGGGCAGCGGUGGGUGCAGCGGGAUGGACUGGGUCAGGACGAUGGGGGAGAUUGUGCAGCGGACGGCAGGCCAGCUGACGGCGCUCGAGCAGGGUGCUCGGUUCGGCGGCGACUGGGGCAACGGGACGGCGGUGGGGGAGUGGCUGUACCGGCUGCGAGGGCAGAGCCAUAGGUUCCUCGUCUCGUCCCUCGAGUACCCGCACAAGGUGGACGCGGGGACGUGGGACGCGGCGGGCGCGCUCUUUGGCGAGACGUACUCGCUGUGCCGGUACCGGUACACGAGGCUGCUGGUGGGCGUGCCGCUGAGGGCGAGGGAGCGGGAGCUGAGGGAGGCGGUGGAGGAGGUCAUGGGGAGCAUCUGCGGGGUGCUGCUGGAGGUCGGCUUCGGGAUCGAGGGGGCGUGGUACGACCUCGAGGAAGGGCGGCGGUCCGGGCUAGAGGCCAGGGCGGCGGGCUGGGCGGACGCCGUGCGGCGGCUGCGGGCGUGGGUGGGAUGGGAGGGGGAGUUCAUCCGGUGCGGCAGGGUGUGCGGGUGGGACGAGCGGUGCUACAUCCCCAUGUGGCCGCUGGUCAAGUCCAUCUGGGGCGUCGGGAGGCCGCCACCGGAGUAUGGGUCGGGUGGGAGUCGGGGACCUCCCAGGCACGGGGGAGGGGAUCACACGGGGUCUGGUCGUGGCAUACCGGGGCGAGGCCGCUGGUGGAUGGGGAACGAGACGGACCUGUGGGAGCCGAAGUGCGUCAAGAUGGAGGAAGUGAUGCCGCGGCGGCGGGGCGAUUAA